GGUUUGACUGCAUUUUGCCAUAAGUCUUUGGGAGCACACACUUUACACACCACUGACUGAAAACCCCGGGUCGUCGACCAUCCCUUCACUUCUUACCCUAGCUACUGCAUGUCUGAUAUUUAGACAUGUUUGGCUUUGUGGAUUCAAGGACUGUUCUGCUACUUGUAGCAUCCCAAGUUGUUUUACUAGCCGUCGUCAGAUGUCAGGAGGAAGCUGACCAGGAGGCAGGUGGCUGCAUCCAGGACGGCCAGCAGUAUAAUGAUAAGGAUGUGUGGAAGCCCGAGCCGUGUCGUAUCUGUGUGUGCGACAGCGGAGCGGUUCUGUGUGAUGAGAUAAUCUGCGAGGAGAUCAAAGAAUGUGCCAACCCUCUCAUCCCAUCUGGAGAGUGCUGUCCCAUCUGCCCUGCUGAUGCCAGUGCCCCCAUUGAGACACUCGGUGCAAAGGGCCAAAAAGGAGAACCAGGAGAUAUUGCAGAUGUUGUAGGACCAAAAGGACCACCAGGCCCAAUGGGCCCCUCAGGUGAGCAGGGAUCACGCGGAGAAGCUGGCGCUAAGGGUGAUAAGGGAAAUGCAGGACCUCGUGGAAGAGAUGGCGAGCCCGGCAUCCCCGGAAACCCCGGACCCGCCGGUGCACCUGGACAACCAGGACUUGGAGGGAACUUUGCUGCUCAGAUGGCUGGAGGUUUUGAUGAGAAGGCUGGAGGCGCUCAGAUGGGUGUGAUGCAGGGACCAAUGGGUCCUAUGGGUCCCCGUGGUCCCCCCGGACCAAGUGGAGCUCCUGGCCCACAAGGUUUCCAAGGUUCCCCUGGAGAGGCUGGAGAGCCCGGCCCAGCUGGAGCAUUGGGACCACGUGGACCACCUGGACCUUCUGGAAAACCUGGAAGCGAUGGUGAUGCUGGCAAACCUGGCAAAGCUGGUGAGCGUGGACCUGCAGGGCCUCAGGGAGCUCGUGGAUUCCCUGGAACUCCUGGACUUCCCGGAAUCAAAGGACACAGAGGUCAUCCUGGUCUGGAUGGAGCUAAGGGAGAAACUGGUGCCGCAGGAGCCAAGGGAGAGUCUGGUUCUGCUGGAGAGAACGGCGCCCCCGGACCCAUGGGACCACGAGGUCUGCCUGGUGAGAGAGGUCGCUCCGGAGCUGCUGGGUCUGCUGGUGCCCGUGGUAAUGAUGGUCUGCCUGGUCCUGCUGGUCCACCUGGGCCUCUUGGUCCUGCUGGAGCUCCCGGUUUCCCAGGAUCCCCAGGAUCUAAGGGAGAAGCUGGUCCUACUGGAGUCCGUGGAUCUGAAGGAGCACAGGGACCUCGCGGAGAGGCCGGUACCCCCGGAUCUCCAGGACCCUCCGGAGCAUCUGGUAACCCUGGUACUGAUGGUAUUCCUGGAGCUAAAGGAUCUUUUGGUGCUGCUGGUAUUGCUGGUGCUCCUGGUUUCCCUGGACCCCGUGGCCCACCCGGACCUCAGGGAGCUACAGGAUCUCUUGGACCAAAGGGACAGUCUGGAGACCCUGGUCUUCCUGGAUUCAAAGGAGAAGCUGGACCCAAAGGAGAGCUUGGCCCUGUUGGUCCCCAAGGUGGCCCCGGACCCUCUGGUGAAGAAGGAAAGAGAGGAGCCAGAGGAGAGCCUGGAACAGCCGGACCCCUCGGACCUCCAGGAGAGAGAGGAGCUCCCGGUAACCGUGGUUUCCCAGGUCAGGAUGGUCUUGCUGGUGCUAAGGGCGCCCUUGGUGAGCGUGGUGUUCCUGGUGCUGCUGGGCCCAAAGGUAGCGGUGGAGACCCCGGACGCACAGGAGAGUCCGGUCUGCCCGGAGCUAGAGGUCUUACUGGUCGCCCCGGAGAUGCUGGUCCUCAAGGCAAAGUUGGAGCCCCUGGAGCUAAUGGUGAGGAUGGUCGCCCCGGACCCCCCGGCCCUCUGGGAGCCCGUGGACAGCCAGGAGUGAUGGGAUUCCCCGGACCAAAGGGAGCCAAUGGUGAAGCUGGAAAGACAGGAGAGAAGGGUCUUGUUGGUCGUCCUGGACUAAGAGGUCUUUCUGGAAAAGAUGGUGAGACUGGUGCUGCUGGACCUUCCGGCCCUGCUGGACCUGCUGGAGAGAGAGGAGAGCAAGGACAGCCUGGACCCAACGGCUUCCAGGGUCUGCCCGGACCCACUGGAGCCCCAGGAGAGGGUGGAAAGCCCGGAGACAUGGGAGUUCCUGGAGAGGCUGGAGCUAAUGGUGCUGUUGGACCCAGAGGUGAGCGUGGUUUCCCAGGAGAGAGAGGAGGUGCUGGAGCUCAGGGUCUGCAGGGACCUCGUGGACUUCCUGGUACACCUGGAAGUGAUGGACCCAAGGGAGCCAUUGGACCGUCUGGUUCUGCUGGAUCUCAGGGACCCCCCGGCCUGCAGGGUAUGCCCGGAGAGAGAGGAACUGGUGGCAUCAGUGGAGCCAAGGGAGACAGAGGUGACAACGGACAGAAGGGACCUGAAGGAGCUCCUGGAAAGGACGGUGGUAGAGGUUUGACCGGUCCCAUUGGUCCUCCUGGCCCAUCCGGACCCAAUGGCGCCAAGGGUGAGACUGGAGCUUCAGGACCUACUGGUGCUGGCGGUGCUCGUGGUGCUCCUGGUGACCGUGGUGAGGGCGGUCCUCCUGGCCCUGCUGGUUUUGCUGGACCUCCUGGUUCAGAUGGUCAGCCUGGUGCCAAGGGAGAGCUCGGAGAGUCUGGACAGAAAGGAGAUGGUGGAGCUCCCGGACCUCAGGGACCAUCUGGAGCUCCUGGACCUGUGGGACCUACUGGUGUAUCUGGACCCAAAGGAGCGCGUGGUGCUCAGGGAGCUGCUGGUGCUACUGGUUUCCCCGGUGCUGCUGGUAGAGUUGGAACUCCUGGCCCUAAUGGUAACCCUGGUGCUGCUGGUCCUUCUGGCCCUGCUGGUAAAGACGGACCUAAGGGUGCUCGUGGUGAUGCCGGACUCCCAGGAAGACAGGGAGACGCUGGACUUCGUGGAGCUCCAGGCUCACAGGGAGAGAAGGGAGAAGCAGGAGAGGAUGGACCUCUUGGUCCCGAUGGGCCUUCAGGACCUCAGGGUCUGGGUGGAUCUCGUGGUAUUGUUGGUUUGCCUGGUCAACGUGGAGAGAGAGGUUUCGCUGGUCUCCCUGGACCUUCAGGAGAGCCUGGUAAACAAGGAUCUACUGGUUCUGGUGGCGACCGCGGACCCCCUGGACCUGUGGGACCCCCAGGACUGACUGGACCUUCUGGAGAGACUGGACGAGAGGGUACUCCUGGAUCCGAUGGACCCCCUGGUAGAGAUGGAUCUACUGGAGUCAAGGGAGAGAGAGGAAACACCGGACCCGCUGGUGCACCUGGAGCUCCUGGAGCCCCCGGAUCCACUGGACCCGUCGGACCCCUCGGAAAGCAGGGAGACAGAGGAGAGGGUGGUGCUCAAGGACCUGCAGGACCAUCUGGACCCGCUGGAGCCAGAGGAAUGGCUGGACCCCAAGGACCCCGUGGAGACAAGGGAGAGGCUGGUGAGACUGGAGAGAGAGGACAGAAGGGUCACCGUGGAUUCACUGGUCUGCAGGGUCUUCCUGGACCUCCUGGCUCCGCUGGAGACGCUGGAUCUGCUGGACCUGCCGGACCAAACGGAGCUAAGGGACCUGGUGGACCAUCUGGACCUGCUGGCAAAGAUGGAUCAAAUGGAACACCCGGCCCAAUCGGACCCCCUGGACCUCGUGGACGUUCUGGAGAAAGUGGCCCAGCUGGUCCUCCCGGAAACGCUGGACCCCCAGGCCCUCCCGGUCCUCCUGGCCCCGGCAUCGACAUGUCUGCCUUCGCCGGUCUGGGUCAGACUGAGAAGUCCCCUGAUCCUCUGAGGUACAUGAGGGCCGAUGAGGCCUCCAGCUCCCUGAGGCAGCACGACGUUGAGGUCGAUUCCUCUCUGAAGUCCCUCAACAACCAGAUCGAGAACCUGCGCAGCCCUGACGGCUCCCAGAAGAACCCCGCCCGCACCUGCAGAGACCUGAAGCUGUGCCACCCUGAGUGGAAGAGCGGCACCUACUGGGUUGACCCCAACAUUGGCUGCACUGCUGAUGCCAUCAAGGUGUUCUGUAACAUGGAGACUGGAGAGACCUGUGUGACCCCAAGCAUUGCCGAGGUGCCAAAGAAGAACUGGUGGACUACCAAGAGCAAGGACCGCAAACACGUCUGGUUCGGAGAGACCAUGAAUGGAGGAUUCCACUUCAGCUAUGCUGAUGAUGGCCCUAUUGCCAACACUGGCAAUGUUCAGCUGACCUUCCUGAGGCUCCUGUCCAAUGAGGCAUCCCAGAACGUUACUUACCACUGCAAGAACAGCGUGGCCUACAUGGACCAGGCCACUGGCAACCUGAAGAAGGCUCUGAAGCUGCAGGGAUCCAACGAUGUGGAGAUCCGCGCUGAGGGCACCAGUCGCUUCACAUACACCGUGAUGGAGGAUGGCUGCAAGAAACACACAGACCGAUGGGGCAAGACCGUCUUUGAGUACAAAACACAGAAAACCUCCCGUCUGCCAUUCGUGGACAUUGCUCCCAUGGACAUCGGAGGAGCGGAUCAGGAGUUCGGAGUGGAAGUAGGCGCAGUCUGCUUCUUGUAAAGUGGAAUAUCACAAUGGCCCCCCAAAAAGAACACAGGAAAUAAAUAAACUCAAACCAUGAACAUUAACACACACACUUCCACAAUAAAGAAGACUGGAAAUUUAUAAAAGAAAAUUGAUACUUUUUCUCUCACAACGAACAAAGUGCUCUCCAAGUUGUACUCCCUGGAUGUUAGCACUGAAGGGCACCGGCAAUAUCCGUACACCACACCAGCAUUCUCCAUCAACCCGCUUCCUGAGAUCCAGUCAUGUUUCCCAUGGCCCACUGUUGACGGGAACGAGUCAGAGCCAGGAGGAAGAGGGACCAAGCGAACAAGUUAUGGAGAACAAAAACAUGACUUGAUGUCACUUAUUUAUUGUCUAACCUGAAUGGGCAGAGUUGAGGUAGGACUGGACGGGUUUACUUUGUAAGUAAGAGAAGCCCCCUUUCCACUACAGAACAGCCGCACAGCCUCUGUCCCAGUCCUACUCCACCUCCCUCCCUGUUUCCCUCCUGACACACAAAUACGGCAUUUUGAAUCAGUGUAGACCAAAAAUAAAAUCAGUAAAAUCAAAUCCAGGUGCUCCACGCCUCUCCAUCGUGAGCAGGAGUAAAACCUUUACUGUGUAUUAUAAAUCCUUGGUUCUAUUGUUGUAAAAGUCUGUGUUUAUAAACAACCAGAUGGUUUUAUAUAUAUUUCCACAUUAUGUGUGUACAUGUGUCUAUAUGCACACCAACACUUUUUGGAAAGUGAGGUCACAUUUGGGAUGUAUGUCUCCAUGAUACCCCUUGACUGCCCAUCAGAGGAAGGCCCAGUUAUCAUCCCCCCCAAAAAAUUUGAAAGACGUUGAGGGAAAUUAGUUUUGCUUUUUUUUUUUUUUUUUUUAUUGUAGCCAUCCGGAUUGUUUAAAGCUACCUCACUCUGAAAAACCAAGUGAAAAUGUUUAAAUCUGAGCUGACAAAUAAAUAGCUUUCAGGUGGAUCUGGGGCUAACAGGCCAUUUUUGCUUUGGGUUGCUCUCUCUUCAGAAGGUGCUAUGAGUUCUUUAAUUCAGUCUCCGCCCAACGUCCCCCCUCACAAACCCUUAUUCCCACUAGCCUCACACCACACACUCACACUCCACCCUGCAGGAGGGGUGCAGUCGGGCAAAGAAGGGGAGACAGGGGCUACUUUGGAAAGCCUCCUCUGGUAAGCCUCAACGCGGGGGCUCCGAGGUGGGUUGCUCUAAAACAAACAGGGUGGGUUGUCUCUGUGUGUGUGUGAGGGCGUGUACAUUUUUUAAAUUAAUUUUAUUAUGAUCAUUUUUGUUUUUGUUUUGUUACACUUCUAAUUGAUGUAAAUUGGAAAAUAAAAGGAAAACCGAAUUAAGAAUGCAGUUGAUUUUUAAUUGUGUUUUGAAUAAAAACAGAAAUAGCGUGGGGACGUAUUUCUUCUUUCAACAGAACCCUUCAUGUGUGCUUAGAUGUUUUUUUCUGUUAUACUUCAUGAGGUCAGUUACUCUUGACUGUGAGUGCAGAGUGUGUGUGUGAGUGUGUGAAAGUUUAAGACUGUGUGUUUUUCUUAUGAGAGAGUCUAAUAACAACAGGAACAGAAGUACUGUAUUUGUUCUGCGGUGUCAGGGUGGGGAUGGGCGCAGAUGGCUCCUGUUUGUCUGAACUAAUAGGCAUAAAUAAAGAUAAUUUUGUUGA